CACAGCAUGCAGCUGUUUUAUCUAAAUUGUUUGGCUUUAAUUGCGCUGAGCUUCUAUGCCAGCGCAUUGGUGGGUAAGCUGGAGCUUGGCCCAGCUGGUAAUGGCUGCAAGGGUUCGACGGGUGAGCUGGCAGUGGGUGCCAUGGAGCAGGAUAAUCUUACAUGUGGAAUCGUCGUUUGCCAGAAUAAACAAGGACUGGCGCUGGUGCAUUUUUGCCAAAAGACGGUGGCUUUUGCCAAUUGCGAAGAUGAUGGCGUUUUGACCACGGGCACUUUUCCGGACUGUUGCUGGCAGUGCGUGAAUAUGGUAGAUUGUGAAAAUAGGAGACAAGUCGAUCACAGUGACACGAAAUCAAUCGAAAUAGACGACAUAAGCAGUCGCACCAAUGUGAGCAAACCUAAACUGUUUGCAAAUUGGAACAAACCGCUGAGAAACAAAACCAAAGUCAUCAACAAUGGAAGCUCUGACAAUAGCAGUCUUAUAAACAAAGGUUUUAAGAACAAGACUAAAGUCAAAGCUAAGCCCAAAGUUAAGCCCAAACUGCCAGCUGUAGUGCUGGCCAAAAAGGAUGCUAAGGAUGUAGUCAAACCAAAGUUAAAUGAUACCGUUGAUUAUGAAGACAAUGCUGAUGAUGACUAUGAAUAA